UCUUGACCUGACUGCAGUUUGGCAAUGUAACCGACUUCAGUGGGCCGAAUGCUCACCUUUGAUGGCCACUGGCACGCUGGAGAAGUGUGCUCUUCACGGAUAAAUCCCGGUUUCAACCGUACCGGGCACACAGCAGACAGCAUGUAUGGCAUUGUGUGGGCGAGUGGUUUGCUCAUGUCAAUGGUGUGAACAGAGUGUUUCAGCAUGAUAAUUCACAGCCCCAUGUCGCAAGGAUCUGUACACAAUUCCUGGAAGCUAAAAAUGGCCCAGUUCUUCCAUGGCAUGCAUGACACAACUGUGAAAAGCAUUGGAAUCAACAUGUGCCAGCAUCCCUGUGGAACGCUUUCAACUUGAGUGCAACGCAAUAUUAGGAAGUUGUGUACAGUCAGUGUAUCUACUGAGUAACUUUCACCUGAUCUAAAAGCACUUUCUCAACACUUUUUUUGCAUAGGGGGUGGGGUGAGGGCAGUUAGGGGUUACAUAUUACAAUACCCCGAAAUUAUAAAAAUGUUGAAUGUGAAAUGUGUUAAAAUAUGUGAAUCACUGUGUAUCCUUUUCUAACAAACAUCUAUCAAGUGACAUGGAGUUAAUGUAGUACUUGUUUUAGUGGUGAUACACUAUUUUACUGAGACAUUGUUUAGUCACAUUUUCUAUUUACUAAUCUCUCUAUAGAGGUUUUCACAUCUGAUUAAAAAGAGUAAAUAUCAUAUUCUGAUAUCAUAUUCACAUUAUUCACUGAAAUACAUCAUUGAUUUCUAUGAGCAACCUACCGUAUACUGUGAGGUGUAAAUGAAAGCUGUAUCACUGGAACACAUCCAGGCCAACCCUUUUCAGAAGCCUGUCUCCGCCAAGCCAAGCAGACCCAUGCAUUUUCCUCAUGUAGACAUUUGUAAAAAGGUGCAAGAUUAAAGAGCAAUUCCACCCGUUUUCAACCUAAUUUUCACUGGUUUCGUGCUGGAGAUGAUGAAUAUGAGGUUGAAAAGUGUUUGAAAUGCCCUUGAAAAGUGCUGCUUGACUGAGAAAUGGGAGCAGUUAUGUCUAGGCUUAGGGUCAUUCUUACAUGACUAUUUUACACUUGCAUUACAGUCUCUUAUAUACAGUAAUAUACAGUUAUAUUACAAGGCAAGGACAUUCAGCCAAACCAGAAUCUGCGGCCCCUUUCUAUAAUAUAUAAAAAAUCAUCCAAACAAGGAAAGAUAUAGCCCCUUGGAUAAAACAAUAGUUUGACCACCUGACAAUGUAUUAAAUACAUAUGACUUGUAAUUUUGAGGUGUCAUUGUAGACUGCUGGCGUUUCAAAGUGAAAUGAUCUCCUAUGCGUCAAUGCUGUCUGAGACAAAACGAUGAGGGAGAGAAAGAGAUGGAGAGAGAGAGAGAACACAGGUGAGGACGUGCGCGUUGGCAGACAGUCAAGCCUACAGCUGAUUCUAUACAUUUUCAGCACUAUGGACAGUUCCAUUCUGCAGCGCGAGCAGACAGAGGGAGUAUAAAAGGUAGGAGCCGCGCUGCUUAUCCUGCACACACACACACGGCUGAGUUUACUGAGGCAAUAUGAGCCACAGAAUGGACUAUCGUUCAGGUUCUCCGCAUAGGGGACCUCAAGCUGGGUAUUCCUGCUAUCAACCCAAAAUGACCGGAUCCCCCUCUGCGUCCAGGACCGUUGGCUUUGAGUCGACUAUUGCAUAUAUGAACAGAGGCUAUGCGACGACGCUGAAGAGCGAAUUCGGAUCCGUUCCGAGAUCAUCGGAGAGCCUUUUCGAUUUAUCAGACCCAUUUACCGGGGUGUUGACGAAAAUGAGUGAGAAAGAACUGCUCCAUGGGCUGAACGACCGUUUCGCCGGAUUCAUAGAGAAGGUGCGUCAUUUGGAGCAUCAAAAUGAAUUGUUUGAGAGGGAAAUCGAGGAAAUCAAACUAAAGGCACAAUCCCCUGCGUCUCUGGCCCAGGAGCACGAGACGGAGCUCAUGGACCUGAGGAACCUAGUUCAUGACAUCACCCUUCAGAAGCGUCAGAUCGAGAUAGAGCAUCAGAACCUGGAGGAAGAUUUCCUCACCUUGAGAGACAAGUACGAGCAGGAGGCACGUGACCGCUCGGAUGCAGAGAAUGGCAUCCUUGUGCUGAAAAAGGACGCCAACGAUGCAUACCUCGCCAAACUUCAGUUGGACGAGAAAGCGCAGUCUCUGGUGGACGAGAUCCACUUCCUGAAGAAGAACCAUGAGGACGAGGUAUCAGAAAUGGUGGCCCAGAUCCAAGAGGCUCAAGUAACGGUCAAGGCGCACGACUUUGGCAAACCUGACAUCACUGCGGCUCUCCGGGACAUCCGUGUGCAGUUAGAAGGUCACGCCACCUCCGACUUUCAGCAGGCCGAGGAGGGCUUCCGUAUCCAGUUCGCAAAGUUAACCAAAGCGGCAGAGAGCAACAGAGAGGUGCUGAAGGCGACCCAGCAGGAGAUCCAGGAGAAUAGAAGGCGCCUGCAGGGGAAAACAAUUGAACUGGACUGUGGGAAAGGAAUGAGAAAGGCCCUGGAAAAACAACUACAAGAGCUGGAGGAGCGUCACUAUGCGGAAAUGAUUCAUUACCAGGACACUAUCAGGCAGCUGGAGAAUGAGCUGACCAAUGCUAAACUAGACAUGUCUGGCUACCUGAGGGAGUACCAGGACCUGCUGAAUGUCAAAAUGGCUUUGGAUGUGGAGAUUCUCUCUUACAGGAAACUCCUGGAGGGUGAGGAGUCCCAUCUGUACACCAUCUCUGACACCCACAUCUCCAUGCCCUGCAUCUACCGCCAGUCCCCCGUCUACACCCUGCCUUGCCUGGCCCGGCAGGGAGGGCCCACACGCAGGUCUGAGCCCCAGUACAAGUUUGUUGAGGAGAUCAUCACUGAGACCACCAGAGACAUGGAGAUGUCCGAGAUCGAGGAGACAGGCUCCGAGGAGACGGUCGGGGGAGAGGGAGACGAGUUGAGACAGAAGCAGGGAGAAGAGAGUGACAAAGCUGAGAGGAGGAGUGGGGAAGAGGUGGAUGAGCAGAAAGAGAAAGAUAGAGGUAAAGUGGAUGUUGAAGUGGACGCCCCGGAGGAAGAGGGUGAACAGGAGGAAGAGUCUAAGAGACAGCAGAUGGUAACAUCAGCAGAGGUCGAGGUAAAUGGAGAUGGAGUUAGCCCUAGCGAGGGAGAAAAUGGAGAGGACGGAGAGGAUGAAAGAGAGGAGGAAAAGGGGGGUGAGCCAGAUGCAAUCAAAAAGACAGAGGACAUUGACAGAGAAGAAAAUACACAAAGUGAAGUCAACUCAGCUGAGGCCACCAGUGAGGGAGAGAAGGAAAAACUGGACACAACAGGGAAGCUAGACAGCGAGAUAAAGGAGACAUUAGAAAAAGAUGACACCCCAAAACAUGGCGAAUCCCAACCAGAGAUUCCCAUGAAUGGUGACAUCUCAACAGAACCCAAAACUUCAGAGUCAGAGGAUAGCAAAACAGGAAGUUCAAUAAAGGGUGAACCACAGGUCCCCACAGAGGACAUCUCCAAAGAACCCAAAAAGGUGUCAGAGGAGAGAGAAAAAGAAAGCCCUUUAAAAGAGAAAAAAGAGGUAGAUCUGAAAGAGGAGAGUGUUAUCAGCACAACAAGUGAGUGUAAGGAAGAGCCUGUGCAAAAGACUCUUAAAAAGGAGGUGGGUCCAACAGAGCCAGAAGUGAGCAGCAAGGAUGAUAUUGUAAAAAGUGUUGUGCAGAAUGAACAUAAUGGCAGUGAAAAGGUCACAAAAGAUGUCUCAAUGGGUGAGGAAAAAGGGAAAGAAUCUAAGACAAAACCAGACCCCACUGUGACCCCUAAAGAAGAAACAUCCCCUAAACCGGACCCCACUGUGACCCCUAAAGAAGAAACAUCCCCUAAACCGGACCCCACUGUGACCCCCAAAGAAGAAACAUCCCCUAAACCAGACCCCACUGUGACCCCUAAAGAAGAAACAUCCCCUAAACCGGACCCCACUGUGACCCCCAAAGAAGAAACAUCCCCUAAACCGGACCCCACUGUGACCCCCAAAGAAGAAACAACUCUGCAUCCAGAGCCAACUGUCACUCCUAAAGAGGAGACAUCCCCACAACAGGAGCCAACCAUAACCCCUAAAGAGGAGACAUCCCUUAAACCGGACCCCACUGUGACCCCCAAAGAAGAAACAUCCCCUAAACCGUACCCCACUGUGACCCCCAAAGAAGAGACAACCCCGCAUCCAGAGCCAACUGUCACUCCUAAAGAGGAGACAUCCCCAAUACCGGACCAAUCUGUCACUCCUAAAGAGGAGACAUCCCCAAUACCGGACCAAUCUGUCACCCCUAAAGAGGAAAUAUCCCCACAACAGGAGCCAACUGUAACCUCUAAAGAUGAGACAUCCCCUAAACCGUACCCCACUGUGACCCUUAAAGAAGAAACAUCCCCUAAACCGUACCCCAAUGUGACCCCUAAAGAAGAGACAUCCCCUAAACCAUACCCCACUGUGACCCCUAAAGAAGAGACAUCUCCUAAACCAGACCCCACUGUGACCCCUAAAGAAGAAACAUCCCCUAAACCGUACCCCACUGUGACCCCGAAAGAAGAAACAUCCCCUAAACCGUACCCCACUGUGACCCCCAAAGAAGAAACAUCCCCUAAACCGGACUCCACUGUGACCCCCAAAGAAGAAACAAUCCCGCAUCCAGAGCCAACUGUCACCCCUAAAGAGGAGACAUCCCCAAUACCGGACCAAUCUGUCACCCCUAAAGAAGAAAUAUCUCCACAACAGGAGCCAACCGUAACCCCUAAAGAAGAGACAUCCCCAAUACCGGACCAAUCUGUCACCCCUAAAGAAGAAAUAUCCCCACAACAGGAGCCAACCGUAACCCCUAAAGAGGAGACAUCCCCUAAACCGUACCCCACUGUCACCCCUAAAGAUGAGGCAUCCCCUAAACCAGACCCCACUGUGACCCCUAAAGAGGAGACAUCCCCAAUACCGGACCAAACUGUCACCCCUAAAGAAGAAACAUCCCCUAAAUCGAUCCCCACUGUGACCCCUAAAGAGGAGAAAUCCCCUAAACAGGGACCAGCAGUCACCCCUAAAGAAGAAACAACCACAAAACCAGACCAAACUGUCACCGCUAAAGAGGAGACAUCCCCACAACAGGAGCCAACCGUCACCCCUAAAGAGGAGACAUCCCCUAAACCGGACCCCACUGUCACCCCUAAAGAAGAAACAUCCCCUAAACCGUACCCCACUGUUGCCCCUAAAGAGGAGACAUCCCCACAACAGGAGCCAACCGUAACCCCUAAAGAGGAGACAUCCCCUAAACCGGACCCCACUGUCACCCCUAAAGAAGAAACAUCCCCUAAACCGUACCCCACUGUUGCCCCUAAAGAGGAGACAUCCCCACAACAGGAGCCAACCGUCACCCCUAAAGAAGAGACAUCUCCUAAACCGGACCCCACUGUCACCCCUAAAAAAGAAACAACCCUAAAACCGGACCAAACUGUCACCCCUAAAGAGGAGACUUCCCCAAAACCAGUACCAGCAGUCACCCCUAAAGUAGAAACUUCCCCAAAAGCAGAACUAGCAGUCACCACUAAAGUAGAAACUUCCCCAAAACCAGAAACAGCAGUCACCCCUAAAGUAGAAACUUCCCCAAAACCAGAACAAGCAGUCACCCCUAAAGUAGAAACUUCCCCAAAACCAGAAACAGUAGUCAUCCCAAAAGUAGAAACUUCCCCAAAACCAGAACUAGCAGUCACCACUAAAGUACAAACUUCCCCAAAACCAGAACCAGCAGUCACCCCUAAAUUUGAAACUUCCCCAAAACCAAACUCAACCAUCACCCCUAAAGAGGAAAUAUCCCCUAAACCAGACUCAACCCUCACCCCAGAAUCAACGACCACCCCUAAACCAUACUCAACCCUCACCCCAGAAUCAACGACCACCCCUAAACCAGACUCAACCCUCACCCCAGAAUCAACGACCAUCCCUAAACCAUACUCAACCCUCACCCCAGAAUCAACGACCACCCCUAAACCAGACUCAACCCUCACCCCAGAAUCAACGACCGUCCCUAAACCAUACUCAACCCUCACCCCAGAAUCAACGACCACCCCUAAACCAGACUCAACCCUCACCCCAGAAUCAACGACCACCCCUAAACCAUACUCAACCCUCACCCCAGAAUCAACGACGACCCCUAAACCAGACUCAACCCUCACCCCAGAAUCAACGACCACCCCUAAACCAUACUCAACCCUCACCCCAGAAUCAAUGACCACCCCUACGGAAGAGAGUGAAACGACGGGCAGUGGUGACAAAGCUAAGACAAUCACACCACCAGAGAAACAGAUGCCUGCAGUUGCAGAGAGCAAGGACUCCCACAGGGAGGUGCCAGAAAGCAACACAACUCAGGAGAAACAAGAGGAAAGUAUGGACAAAGAGCUUGAGAAAGUUACAGAUCCCAAAGAUGGAACCCCAAAGACAGAGAGCGUGAAAACCAAGGCCUCUGAGUUAAAAUCUGAACAAGUUGAGAUAUCUAUUACAAAUACAUUACCAGUGAAAGAACAGGAUGUAUCAGCCGUGGGUUUGAAAGAUCAGACAGUUGAUGAGAAGAUAACAGAACAAGAUACAUUUUAAAUAGACGAGAACUGCUUUACAGGAGGUGAUGGAGAGAGCAAAGAUGACAAAACUGCGAACAGGACAAGCUGCUGAGCCAAUCGCAGAGAAGCAGGCUAAACCUAAAACUUGAGACUUAACCUCUUUUUGGAAUGACUAGAUUUAGAGGUCAGUAGAGGUUUUCUGUAAAACUGCAUGGUUAGUGCAAGCCUUUAAAGCAAUAUGAGAACUGCUCCCCCUUAAAAUAUUUACUGACGCUUAAUAUGUAAAGUAUCAUGGUUCGUGACUGUCAAUUAUGACCAGGGCCGCAACUUUCACUGGGGACGGGGACGGGGGGACGGGGGGACAUGUCCCCCUCCCACAUUCUGAAAUUGUAUUUAUGUCCCCCCCAGUUUUAUCAUUGGAAUGUGUUACAAAAUGAGGCAUAGGUGUGCUUUUGGACAAUGUGGAUGCCUCCGAGUGGUCGGGUAGGCUGUUUGGAGUGUUUAUCCGACUGGAUAUUUUUAUUUUAUUUACAAUAAUAAUAACAUCCCCCCCCACUUCUAAAAUCAAAGUUGCGCCCCUGAUUAUGAGGCACAAUUAAUGAACUCCUGCAAGAGAGACGUACUGUAAUAUUGAAUGUAACAAACCAAAAGCUGUAUUUUGCUGUAUAUAUUUACUUCUGACCAAUGGAUGAUAAUGUGCAUAGGGAUGAUAAUGAGAAUGGUUGAUAAUGUGAUUUGAUCAUGCCUGAAUGCGCUGAGCAAUAAAUGCUAUUUGAAGAGCA